UCUUUUCUUUUCGUCGUUGCUGUUCGGCUUCGUUGAUUCGCAGAAGGUGUACGGAUUGCGCGCGUCGCUACUUCGGUUCCUUCGUGGCUGUUCGACUUCGCUCCUUCGACGACUUUCCCUUCUUGUCGGAUCGGAAGUUAGGACAUUUUGAUCGGAAGCAAGAACAGGAGCUCGCUGGCUGUGAAGUUAACUUUCUCCCUUUCGCGCGCUUCUAAUGUUAAAUCUCGUUAAAUCCACCGAACCGAGGGAUUUAGUAAAUCCGGGAUUUAAGCCGUAAAUCCUAAAUCCGGGAUUUAACGCGCGCACAAAAACCGUUUGGCUGGAUUUAGCGUAAAUCCGACUUAAAUCCCACGAUAAAUUCGAUACCAAACAGCCCCUGAAGGUAACUUUCUCCUUUCGCGCGCUUCUUCGGCCAAAUCCCGUAAAUCCGCCGAACUGCAGGAUUUAGUAAAUCCGGGAUUUACGGCAAAAGGAGGGAAACGGAGGAUUGAUUUUUCUGCUGACAUGUACCCAGACGAUGCAGCUCGCAAGAGAGGUAGGUCUGAUGCCGCAAAUGGGAAUGACAACGUUCCCAGUCCCAAGAGAUCGAAAGAAAUGGAGUCCAAUCAAUCUGGUUUAGGAAGUGAAUUGAAGCCAUGCAGCAAGUUUUUCAGUUGUUUCCAGCGCCACUUUGGACAUGUUUUAACAAGUGAAGAGGUUGAUAAGUUAACGAAAGAUAAGUUGAAGCUGGAAUGGAAAAUGCAUGUAAAGGAGAUGACUAUGUCUAAGUUGGUGGGAACUGGACAAGAUUUAUCUAUGGAGCUUAAUGGGGACCCUUUCUGUGGGGUAAAUCAGAAGCUCUAUAACCAUUGGAAGAACUUAGACUGUAGUUCCAAUUUUGAGGAUUCAUGUUUAUCCAAGCGGAGGCUCUUCUUUUCACUCUGCAAUACUUAUCGAGAUAUAAUGCAUUGUAACAAGAGACCAUUUUAUCUGAAAGGCAAAGAAGAUGAUUCAAGUAUCAUGGAUGCAUAUAUUAUGCAUGCGUUAAAUCAUAUACACAGCAUUCGAGAAAAUGUGUUGAAGAAUGAUGCUAAACUUAAUAAAGAUGAAAAUAGUAAAAGUGAAGAGAUUCAUUGUGGUGAAUUUUACCUUGAUCAAGGUUUUACUCGUCCCAAGGUGAUGCUUUUACUACCGCUUGCAAGCAUUGCAUUUCGAGUGGUAAAGAGGCUUGUUCAGCUUUCUUCAUUAUCACACAAAGGAAAUGUGGCAUACAUGGAUCGUUUUUCUGAAGAGUUUGGAGCGGGAGAUGUCCUUGGAGAUGACAAAAAUAUUGAUGGAAAUUUAGCAUCUCAGAAGCGAGCAAAACCUGUUGACUUUCAGACUCUGUUUGGCGGAAACCACAAUGAUCAUUUUAUGAUGGGCAUAAAGUUGACCAAGAGAAGCAUAAAAUUGUACAGUAAUUUUUAUUCUUCAGACAUCAUUGUAGCAUCUCCUCUUGGUUUAGUCACUAAAAUUGGAGAGACAGAGUUUGAAAAGGAGAAGGAUAUUGACUAUCUGUCCUCAAUAGAGGUGUUGAUCAUUGAUCAUGCUGACGUUAUCACCAUGCAGAAUUGGUCCCAUGUGAAUACUGUGAUUGAGCAUUUGAACCAUUUGCCAUCUAAGCAACAUGGAACUGAUGUCAUGCGCAUUAAGCCAUGGUACUUAGAAGGGCAUGCACGAUUUUAUCGCCAAACAAUUAUUUUAGGCUAUUUAGUUACUCCAGAAAUGAAUGCACUAUUCAACCGACUUUGUGUUAACUAUGAAGGGAAGUUGAAGUUGAUUAGCAAGCAUAAAGGUGUUCUUCACAAGGUUUUGCUUCAAGUACGCCAGGCGUAUGAGAGAUUUGAAGCCUCUUCAAUAAUUGAUACUGAUGAUGCCCGGCUUGAAUAUUUUUCUAAGAAGGUUUUCCCUAAGAUGAAGGAUUCACUAGAGGGUGGUACUUUGGUAUUUAUAAGUUCUUACUUCGAAUUUGUGCGGAUACGUAACUUCCUAAAAUCGCAGAAUGCUUCUUUUUGUUUGCUUGGCGAGUACACUAAACAAAGUGAUGUAUCCCGUUCACGCCUUUGGUUUUUUGAAGGGAAGCGAAAAAUCAUGCUUUACACUGAAAGAGCUCAUUUUUAUCACAGAUAUAAGAUUCGUGGAAUAAAGAAUUUGAUUAUCUACUCUCUGCCUGAAAGAAAAGAGUUUUAUCCUGAGAUCGUUAAUAUGCUUGAAGGAUCAAAAAAUAUGUCAUGCAGUGUGCUUUUCUCGCGCUUUGAUCUUUACAGGCUCGAGAGGAUUGUUGGAACUGCUGCUGCAAAGAAGAUGAGCUCAUCUGACAAAACCACCUUUGUCUUUUGCUAAUGCGGUUCGUGAAAUUAACUGCAUCAUUGUAACUGUAAAAGAAGGUUGUUAGGUGGGAGAUUUUUCAUAUUCUGAUGAGGUAUUUCUCCAUCUUCAUAGCUGAUUAUGUAUCUCAUUCCUUCCCACCUUGAUACCCUUUAUUAUUUACCGUUGAGGACUUUGAUCUUUGGGAUUUUUUUGCUCCCAUGGGUUACCUGAGCCUGUCUUAUAUUCGAAACUUAUUCAUGUUUUAUCGGUCUUAUUUCUUUAUGAAUCUUUGUAUACAUUUUGGCAUUUUUCAGUUCAAUUUUAUGUUUUUUUUUUUU